AGGCUAAGAAGCUAGGAUGUCUCAAUCAAAGAGAAGUGUUUCCGGCGUAUGGCAAUUCUUCUCAGUACCAGAUCCCGGAGCGAAUCCACAUUUGGCAGAAUGCAAGGAGUGCUCUGCUUCGAUCAGACGAGGAAAACCAGGUCAAUCGGCCAAGGACUACCAGGUAACGAGUUUGUGGGAUCAUCUAAAACAUAAGCAUCCCUUAAAACACAAGGAAGCAACUGCCAUACGUGAUCAACAGAAGGCAAAAAGACAGAAGUCUCAAGAAGCCGAGGCUGAGCGGAGAUCCAUGUAUCAACUAACAGCAGCUAAUCAGCCCACGAUUGGACAAGUCUUGAGCGGCGCUACAUUUACGAAAAUGACGGCGGAACGUCAGAAAGAUCUAGAGAAGUUGCUCUUAAAAUGGAUGACAGAUCAGAUGCUUCCCUACACGACUGUUGAGAAUGAGCAUUUUCAACAUUUUGUUCACGGUUUGAACAAGAAGUUUUCAAUUCCAUCAGAAAAGGUGAUACGCACAAAACUGUUUCCAGACUUGUAUAACAGAGUACAGUUUAAACUAAAGAGUUUCAUCGAUGACAACCUGAAAGGAGCUGACUACAGUCUUACCUGUGAUGUUUGGUCGUCAAAAGCUUUGGAUUCCUAUCUCGGAGUCAUUAUACACUUUGUAACAAACGAUUUCCAAAGAAAAGUAGUUGUUCUACGUUGCCUUCCAUAUAACCGCGCACAUAGCGGUGACUCAAUCAAGACUAAUGUGUCAUUUGUUCUGCGCUCGUGGGGUUUGUCGGAAGAUAAGCUGCAUUGCGUCAUUAGCGACACCGCAUUGAACAUGAAGAAAGGACUGUCGGCCUGGACUUGGAUAGGAUGUUUUCUUCACAUCCUGAAUUUGAUUGUGAAGAAUUCAAUAUUUACACAAAGCGGAGUGCAAAGAUUGAUCAAGAAGAUCAAAAACUUGAUCAAGGAGUUCAGAACCCCUACCGGGAAGCGUCUACUUAACGAGAACCAGAUAAAAGAUUCAACGCUACUACGACCUGUGGACACGAGGUGGAAUAGUUAUUAUAUGAUGUUUGACGUGUUCCAGAGCAAAAAGGCAGCUAUCACCGUAACAGCUCAAAAUACGGACUUAUCGUUGUCUGCAUCACAACAGAUGACUCCUCACGAUUGGGACCUUCUUACCAAGGUUAUAGUCCUAUUGAAGCCAUUCUUCAUCACAACUAAAGCUGCUGAGGGGGACCGAGUUUCUGUUUCGGAGGUCAUUCCAAACAUUAAAAAACUGGAUUACGAGAUCAGAAGUAUGUCACUGAGUGGAUUAGGAACUCUAAAAGCUACGCUGCUCUCUGAGAUGGAACGGUACUUCGUAACCAAGUACGAUGUAGAGAAGAAGCCCCAAUACUCAAUAGCGACUCUUUUAGACCCACGCUUUAAAGCAGCAGCCUUCUCCACGAAAGUCAAUGCCGCACUAGCUAAGCAGAUACUGAUUGACGAGAUUUGUACCAGGAUUCAGUCUUCACCACCGCAAGUUCCGGUAACUGAUGUUUCUGAUGACCCUUCAAUAGUACAGUCUUCUGGCUCAACAUGGGCAGCAAUCCUGGAUAGUACCUCACAGUCUGAAGAAGACGACGAAUUCGAAGAAAAUAGUGAGAAGAUAAGGAGGGAAGCUAACAGAUACUUAAAAGACUCACGAGUUGAUUUAUCAUUUGAACCAUUAGUUUACUGGAAAGCUAAUAAGCAGAGAUAUCCGAACCUUGCUGAGUGUUCAAGGAAAUAUCUAUCUGCGCCGGCGAGUUCAGCAGCACCAGAAAGAUUGUUUUCUACAGCAGGGCACAUCCUGAAGUUAAAUCGCCUCAGCCUUAAGCCAACAAACUUUGAGGGGUGCUUGUUUCUCAAAAAGAACAUCGGAACAUUUGGGGACAACUUCGGCCCCUGUCCAGAUGAAUUCGAAGCCCCAAAUAAAGAUGACUGUCCCCCUUCUGAGCUGUGCACAGACGAUUAUUCUGAUUCAGAGUGCUCAGAUAUUGUAAUUUCAUCAGACGAUGAAUCUUAGACUAUGAUAUUUUUAGUUUUGUGUCCUGGUCAAUUGGUCGUUUUAUUUUCAAUUUU